AUGGCCCAAAUAACAACCCUCCUCUCCUCGACCCUCGCCCUCCUCUCCCAAUUCCAAGAAACCCUCACCCCAGCCCGCGCCGCCGAGGCCCAGACACAAACCACCCCUCAAUCCGCCAACGCAAAACCCCUCACUCUCCUCUCAACAUCCUCCGCCGCCCUCCGCGCCCAAGUAACAAAGCUCUCCCUCCUGGCCAUAACAACGCCCUUCACCCCAUCAGCCCUAACAACCGUCCUCCGCGCCGUAAACGACUCCGUCCUCCCCUCCCUCGUCACAGCCGCUCUCCUCAUCACACCCGCGGAAUUCACCCGCGCAUUCCAGGCCGAGAUCCUCGUGCUUGCGCGGCGGGCGCUGGCGGAAUUCGCGGCGCUGGUUACGGUUGUUAAGGGUGUUGCGGAGAAGAGUGAUGCGAAGAAUGAUAAGGAUAAGCGGGAGGAGAUGGCCAAGGGCGAGAAGGAUACUGUUACCGUUGCAGCGGGGCGGGUUUGGGAAGCUUGUGAUUCUUUGAGCGGCGUUGCGGGGAAGGGCGUUGUUGGGUUUGUGGUUAGGCGGGUUGAGCAGUGGAGGGAUCUUGUUCGGGAUGCGGUAUCUGAAAUUGAGGAGUGGGAUCCGGAGGAUGAGGAUGAUUUCUUUGAUAUGAUUGGUGAAGAGAAGGAGGAGAAGGAUCAUGAUCAGGACGAGGACGAGGACGAGGACGAGGACGAUGAUGAUUCCGACAAUGAUACGGCUGCGCAGCUAGAGCACAAGAAGUCUACGCUCCGACUUUUGAAGAUCGUUGCGCAGUUUUACCCGGCUUUGAUUAAAUACCGGUUGCAGGGUGUGGAGGAAUUUGCUACAGCGGCGGACGUUGGCAAGGUGGAGAUUCUGAUGUCUCAUCUUGAGCCGGUUAGUGAUCUUGUUGAUGAGGCUGCUGGGGCUUUGUAUGAGGAUGAUUGGGAGCGGGCUGUGGGGUUUUUGUCCAAGAUUCGCAAUCAGGCUGCUAUGGCUGCGAAUUUGCUUGAGAGGCCUUGGGAUGCGGCGACGGGUGCUGGGGAUAAAUAUCUUGUUUGGGAGAAGACGUGGCUUAAGGUUUUGGUGGAGAUUGGCGAGUUCCUUGAUGAGUGA